UUUUUGAGGUCAUGGAAUACAGUUUUACUCCCCUUUCGUUUCUAGUGUUAUUCAUAUCUCAUGAACGACUAGCGUUCGACAGGUUAACUGUUUUUGCGUAGCUGAAUCCGUUCGCCAUUGGCAGCUGGUCGACAGGUGGCGCAGGGCGGAAGUGGCAGGAUUAAUUUUGACCGUUUUCAGAGAGACAGCGAGACAAUUUUAGAGACAGCGCAGACAACACUAGAAUUAGAGUAGAUGUCUGUGCAAGGUAACUUGUAUGCAAAUUUGAUUUACAGCAUAUUCCUUCUCAGAAGUAUCGUUAAUUUGAACUAUUUGCCCAUAUCAACCUUCAACAGUUAUGUCACUCGUGCCUUAUUCUGAAACAGCGGCCACCGGAAGCAUUAUUUAUCACCCAGACUGGCUUGACACUGGUCACACAGGCACAUCAAGUGUAUAAGAGAGAAAUAGUGACCUAAUUGACUGUACUGGAGGCAACAACAGCGACGACACAACACAGCAGACCGACGGAAGUGAAAGACUGUGCCAUUUGCUGUAAAUACACUCUGCCUGAGACAUAAAUAAAAACAGCCCAGUUUUUCUUGCAUGUUGCAUGUAGCAGCCAGAGGAAGCUGUGCGUGGGACUGGGUGUCAUUGCAGAGAAAGCUCCACCAACCUGUCUGCCCAGAAGCCAGUACUGACAAUUGUGCUACUGACUGCUGAAACUGGGAGAGAGGAAGAGGACGAAGAAAUAACCAAAGGGAGACAGAGACAGGGAGGGGGGGAGGGAGGGAGAGAGGGAGGGAGAACUUGUCCUUUCCGGAUAUAAGGGGGUGUCGGGCUUUGGUCACAGAGAUCAUUGUGCAAGUUCCUCAGGGGGAAGCAGCCAUUGAAAUGUCUCUAAUGGCUGAGCUGUCAUCAGCCCAGGUGACCAAGUGCACCUGAGCAUCACUCGUGCCGCACACACUCAAAGUCACCAUCCGCCUGGAGCAGUUUUUACCCUGUGCAGUAAAAAUCUGCCGUGCUGUGACUGAAGCAAGGAGGACAGAAACGUGACCGAAUCCCUCAAAUCUUUUCUCUGGAUUAUUUUUCCUGGGAGUUUUUUUUUCACCACUUUGUUGGCUCACCUGGGAGAGAAAAAAAGCAGGAGGACAAAUGACUGUUUGUGAAUUUGUUUGAGCUGUUGAUUAUAGCACAGAAAGAGACUACAGAGGCUCAAGCAUCUGUAUGCAGGAAUCCAGUUUCCCAUGUGGAGGCAGACCAUACAGUGUUCUGUUUGAGCUGCUGAGCCUGUACAGGCCCCGGAGGCGGCCAUGUUGGAUCUCUUUCUGGGAGCGCUGGUGUUGACCCGUCUUCACCUGUCAUCUCACAGCACCCUGCUGCCGACUUAACUCCCCGCUCCCUCUCUUUACCCACAUCUCUUUCUGCCGAAAGGGAGGAAGAUCCUUGUGGAAAAUGUCCUAUGCAGGCCACAAGCUGCUUACCUGGAGCUUACCUCAGCUCCUCCUCCUUCCACUGACCUACCUCUGGCUGUUGACCCUUCCCACAGGUGUGUCAGCAAACCUCUGCCGGGUGACCGGUGGGGUGCUGGGGAUCCACUGGAGCAGCACCAUCGCCCUGGGCUGGCACCCUCUGGCGGACGGGAGAGGCGGGGCGACGUGUUGGGAGUCCUGCUGCUUGAAGCCGAGCUGCAACGCCGUGUGGAGCCUCGGCGGGCGAUGUGUGCUUCUCAGCUGCACGCGGGUCAGGGGUUGCCCCAUCACCUCCCUGCCCCAGCCCCACCAGGAGUCCCUCGGCCUCCUUCAGCUGCUCUCAAGGGGUCCGGUCUUCUCAAGACGUAGAAGAGCUUCUCACUCAAAGCUUGCAGGAAAGAAGACAAAAGACGCAGGACUUGCCAGCACGGAAAUUCCCAUCCUGGACACAGCUCACCCAACUUCAACUGUACCCAACACCAUUGCAUUUCUUCAAACUGCCCAGAAGAACCUUAGCCUGUUAACCAAUGGGAGCACAGAAGCUGCUCCUGCGCCAUCACAGCAGAACUCCACGGCAGACACCACCGUGGAUGCUUCUGCGUCUUCCAACAGCAGUGACAUCAGCACACCCAUGGCGACCGCUAUCAUCGCAACUCCAACUCCGGCUGUGAGGGAGCUGGUGGUGUCAGCAGGAGAGAGUGUGGAGGUCACUCUGCCCGCAAACGAGGUCGAACUCAACGCCUUUGUGGUUCCAACACCCCCUGAAGGGACAAACUACGCGUUUGACUGGCGUCUGAUAACUCAUCCCAAAGAUUACAGCGGGGAGAUGGAAGGGAAGCACAGCACGACACUUAAACUCAGCAAGCUGACUGUGGGUUUGUAUGAGUUUGAGGUGACAGUGGACGGGGAAGGAGCCCACGGUGAAGGUUACGUCAACGUCACAGUCAAACCAGAGCCGCGGGUAAACAAGCCUCCAGUUGCCGUAGUUUCCCCAAAGUUCCAGGAGAUCUCCUUGCCAACCAGCUCUACGGUCAUAGACGGCAGCCAGAGCACUGAUGAUGAUAAGGUGGUGGUGUGGCACUGGGAGGAGGUUAAAGGUCCCCUGAGGGAGGAGAAGGUUUCUGCUGACACCCCCGUCCUCACCCUCACCAGCCUGGUGCCUGGAAACUACACAUUCAGCUUGACAGUGACGGACUCAGAUGGAGCCACAAACUCGACACAGGCCACCCUCUCAGUCAACAAAGCCAAGGACUACCGGCCUGUGGCCAAUGCUGGCCCGAACCAGGUCAUCCAGUUGCCACGCAACUCCAUAACUCUGUACGGGAACCAAAGCACUGACGACCAUGAUUCCCUGUCCUAUGAGUGGUCCCUCAGCCCUGAGAGCAAAGACAAGGUGGUGGAGAUGCAGGGCGUACGGACGCCGACCUUGCAGCUGUCGGCUAUGCAGGAAGGAGACUACACCUUCCAGCUGACCGUGACGGACUCGGCUGGACAGCAGGACACCGCCCAGGUCACCGUCAUUGUGCAGCCAGAAAACAAUAAGCCACCAGUAGCGGAUGCAGGACCGGAGAAAGAGCUAACGUUGCCGGUCGAUCACACCACACUGGAUGGCAGUAAGAGCAGAGACGACCAGAAGAUUGCCACCUACCACUGGAAACAAACCAAGGGUCCUGACGGUGUGAAGAUUGAGAACGCAGACGGUGCUGUUGCCACGGUGACAGGUCUCGAGGUCGGCACGUACGAGUUCACCCUGACGGUAACUGAUGAGAGGAAGCUGCAGAGUAGCGACACGGUCACGGUCAUCGUCAGAGAAGAGGUGGAUCAGUCCCCAGUGGCCCACGUUGUGUCGAGUCCACCCAUCACUCUGCCUGUCAGGACCGCCACGCUAGAUGGAUCUCGCUCUACUGAUGACAAGGGUGGAGUCAGCUACCUGUGGAGCAGAGAUGACAGCAGCCCUGCUGCUGGGGAUGUCCUGAACAACUCUGACCACCAGGCAGUGCUGUUUCUGGGAAACCUGGUGGAAGGAAAGUACAGCUUCACCCUGACUGUAACUGACAGUAAGGGACAGACCAGCUCUGACAGGGGCACAGUGGAGGUCAAACCAGACAUAUGGGAGCGUGACCUGGUGGAGUUGGUGUUGGAAGUCUCCAUAUCGCAGGUCUCCCACCGUCAGCGGGACAUGCUGCUGCGUCAGGUCGGGGUUUUACUGGGCGUGCUCGACAGCGACAUCAUUGUGCGAGAGAUCAGUGCGUUUAAUGAGCACAGUACUCGUCUGGUCUUCCUGGUGUCAGGUGGCCCAGGGCGCCCCCCUCUGUCUGGCCGCAGCGUUGCACUUGGCCUCCGCAACAAACUGCGCAAACAGAAGAACGACUUUCUCAUCUACAAGGCGCGACGGGUGGAUACAGUCAUCUGCCAGUUAAACUGCUCGAGUCACGGCGAGUGUGAUGCGUUCACGCGGCGCUGCGUCUGCCACCCUUUCUGGAUGGAGAACUUCAUCAGAGCUCAGCUUGGAGAUGCCGAGAGCAACUGUGAGUGGAGCGUACUUUAUGUGACCAUAGCAUCCUUCAUGAUUGUGGUUGCUAUAGCAACAGUUGUCUGGGGUUUGGUGUGUUGCUGCAACAGGCGUAAGAACAAAGUGCGCAGAAGCAAAAGCAGAUAUAAAAUACUUGAAGCUGAUGAGCAAGACAGUCUGGAGCUACAGCCACCAAGAGCUGUCCGUCUGAAGCCCGUCCCUGCUCCCACCUCCUCCGCCCUCAUGCACUCGGACUCUGACCUGGACAGCGAUGACGGGCAGGGCGGGGUCCCGUGGACGGAACAGGAGCGCGGGCAUCUACUGCGGCCCCAGAACGGCUCCCUGAGGAACGGCCAGGGGCCAGCAAGGGGCAAAAAGCAGAGAGAGGAGCUGCUAUAGCAAGGGAGGAGGAGGAGGAGGGGUGGAGAGCUCGGCGCUGCCCUCACACACACACCUCCUCCGGCUGUCACACCCCUCUUUUCCUCACUCUUCCUGUUUCUCUUUUGUUGUUCUUUCAACACAAAAACCUCACGCCUCUCAUCCACGAAGACAGACUGUGUGAUAGCUGAAUUUAUGAAGAGAAAGAGGGGAGAAACAUGCUGUUGGAAAAAAAAUAAAAAAGUACUGAAAUUUCCCUGCCCUCAUGCUGAGCCAACAUGGAGGAGAACUAGGGGGUGAGCACUGUUUUGAAUGAUAUAAAAAUAAUAAUUAUUUAACACAGAGACAUGAAGAAUGUACUGUUACCCCUCUUACUGAAGACACAUGUUGGUUAGAGACUGUGAGAGGGGAAGUAGACUGAGUGACACACGACUUUACCUUGAAUGACACGAAAAACCAGCCACUGGACACGCUCACACCUUGCCUCUUGUAGACACGCACCUGCGCACGCAAAGACGUCGUAUUCACACUGUCCCGGGUCAGCCUGAUGCUACCAAACACUGCCAUCUCAAAAGUCAAACUCUGCUCUUUAAGUUGCCAACAUGGUGACUCGGUAGAAAGGAAAAACCAUAACCAAAACAAAGCUACCAUUAGCAAAGGACCCUCUUCUUCCAAAAACAAACAAACAAACAAAAAAAUGUGCAUGAAGAGUGACAGAUUGUAGUUCUGGCACAGUUUGACACUGGAAUGAUUGCCUGCAUGUUUGUAUGUUGGGUGUAUGUGUGGGUUGUUCUCCUGAGCAGUUUGUAUGUUUUUACGUCUGUUAUUAACCCACAGAAGAGUCACGAUGUUGUCUGUUGCUGCCGUCGGAGGCAGAGGAUCUUUUAAACAAAACACCUUGCUUUAAAUCUGAAGGCUUCUCCCUGGAUUAAGUCGCUGGAACACACACUGGAACACACUAUGUUAAUGAGUCUGGUCUCCAUGGAGACGGUAAUGAGGAGUACAGACAAGCUGUAGGCUGUGAUUAGAUGUCGAUGCACUUUGAUUUCAUGUCUGUCGUCCGUCUUCAAUCUCAUUUUGUCCCCUGGUGGUUGAAAAGGAAGAUCUGUGAUGGUCGUAGUUGGAAGGUUCAGCCAUAAACACAGGACUUUACUGCAUUCACAAUGAAUACUUGAUUUCCUUGGCUUUAAAGAUCAAAGGAUAUACUUUAGCAAAUGUGAACGCAAGUGCAGAAUCAUCUCAGUAAUUUUUGCCCGACUCUAUUUUUUGAAUGAAAAAAGAUGGCGGAAGCGUAAUGUAAUGUUUUAAUCUUGUGAAGUAACUGCAACUUCAACAACAAAAACAAAACGGAGGGAAAUCUAAAAAUUAGACCUUAAAACAGGCAUUGCUAAACUUCCAUUAGGGACGAAAGUUGUCUGACAAGAGUAACCUGAAGCUGUGUUUAAUUGUGAGAAUGAAUUUAUUUCCUCCCACAGUCUGCUCCUGUCUUGUUUGUAGGAAGAAAUGAUUUGUUUAAUCUGAGGGACGAUGGGCGUAAACACAGCAGGAAGAAGGAAGGCCGUCAGAAGAGAGAGACAAAAACAAGAGAAGCUUCAUCUGUUGGCGAUGGGUGUUUUCUGAUCGGGUUUGCACCGAUGUAGGACUUUUACCAAGCGACUCUUCGCCCGCAGCCUCGCACUGUGUGAUUGCUUUGUCUCUGAAAGUGGCCACUUUUUCUUUUAUUGCUGAAUGUUUAUAGGAUACACCACUGAGACAGUUUCAGCUUGUGUGAAAUCAGCCAUCAUUAAAAAGAAUUUAACUUUUUUUUUUUUUUUAAGUGUAUUUGUCACUGUUAAGUCAUCUCAUGCUGCACUAGUUUGUUCUCAGGCACCCAGUGCACAUCAGGUCACGGUGGGGGUGUUUUGUUUUUAAAUAUUUCAUUUGGACUUGCUGAAUUUAUCUGGCUGUCUUUUGCUUAGUGUGAAGCAAAUUAAAACCAAGUGCACCCAAGUGCCAACUCUGUAAAAAUGCCAUUUUACACUUUUCAUAUUCUUCCCGUGGUUUUUUUUUUGUUGUUUGUUUGUUUUCUUGUUUUGCACAUCAGCUUUCGGAGUAAUUUCCAAGAAUUGAUGUUGAGACCCAGAAAAAUUACAGUUUCGGACUCUUUCAAGGAUAAUUGUUUACCAAUUUGACGAUACAAAAGUUUGCUUUUCUUUUGUUACGUGAGUGACAUUGACCAGUCACUUCUGGGAUUAGUCGAAGUGAAUUGACCUUGACUCUGAUGGAGUCCACUGUGAAGGCGAACCGACAAAACGGGGAGCAACCGUUAAAUGAAGGGUGUUUGUUGUUUCCGUGUGACCAGACCUGACGCGACUGGAUAAUCUGUAAAUUAAAAUAAAAUAUUUCAGUUUCUUCUUGA